AUGAAUCAAAUGGAGCAUAACUGCAAAAUCAAAGACUACAAACGCUAUGAGGAACCCAGCCCGUACGUGCAAACAUUGUACGCUCUGAACUACCCUCAGAGCUACCCGAAUAAGAAAGAACAAGAUCGUUUUUGCGACAGAUUCACACAAAUCCACUGGAAGAGCGAGAAAAGGCCGACUACUUUGCCAUCACAGAGUGGUCAGCUCCGUUAUCUGAGACAAGAGGGGUUUGGAGUUGUUUCAAACGAGACUGCAGAAAGACGAGACGAGCACUGGCAUCGCCAGGAACACGUUAGGGAAGUUGGAAGGAAGAUUGAUGUUGCCAGGGAAGAAUUUGCUCGCCAAGUUGCUCGGGAAAGACCAAAGUAUCCGGACUAUAGUGGCAGAUCACAACCACUUUAUAAAAUUGUCAACUAG